CAGAAAUUAUGGUCCAACCAAUACAUGUCUUGUCCUGUCUGACAACUACAUAGCUCAAUGACGUCAUUGACAGGGUUACUUUGCGCACGUGGGCUAAAGGGUUUAAUCGAACAUGAGUAAUUCAAUCCAUAAUCAAUUGUCUCUGUCGUUAUUAGACACAGAUUCCUCGAUUGGACAUACGAUGAAAGCUUGGAAUACUCCUCUAAAACCUGCUAAACUGAUGUCAUGUCGGAUGUGAAAGGCGAGAGGCAAGGGUCCCAGUGCCAGACGCACAGUGUGGAUGAGACCGCUCGCGACGUCGAGGCAGACGAACUACAGAGGCCGUCUCUUCAGGAGUUGGAGGACAUUUUACAUUCGUCCCCGCGCUCGUGUCGUCAUGGCGACGAGGUGUGGCCCAACCUGUAUCUGGGUGACAUGUACAUGACCCAUGACAUGUUUGGACUGUGGCAGCUGGGCGUGACACACGUCUUGAACGCAGCUCAUGGCAAAAUGUGCUGCAAAGGGAGUGCUGAUUUCUGCGGCACCACGGUGAAGUACCAUGGCGUGCCAGCCAGUGACCUGCCCACCUUUGACCUUUCACCUUUCUUCCACACCUCUGCGCUGUUUAUUCACGAGGGUCUGACAUCGGGAGGCAAGGUGUCCGUGAACUGUGCCGUGGGAGUGAGUCGUUCAGCUGCUGUCGUUUUGGCCUACCUCAUGAUCCAUCGUCACCUCAGCCUUGUGUCUUCCAUUCGCCUUGUUCAGCAGAAGCGCUGGGUUUUCCCCGACCCCAACCGGGGCUUCCUGCAACAGCUUAUUGCCCUCGAUCGGAACCUACAGCGGGAGAGAGGCUGAAAACCCAUCCCACACAUUGUGAUUCACUUUGAGACCCUCCUACUCUCAGGCGGUAUGUCUUAUUUAAUGUACCGUCAUUUGAUAUAAUCUGACAUGACACCACUCAGGAACAGUGCAUAAUAAUCUUGGGUAUAAUAAUAAUCAUUUGCCAUGGAGGAUGGAAA